AUGUCACUAAGACCUGCACUUACUCUCUGGUCAACUGCUUUGGCAGCUGGUGCUAUUCUCGGUUUCUCCGAACCACCUUUCAAGCUUGUCCGUUCCUACAUUGAAUACCAAAACUCUCGGUACCUCGACGCCGCCGCAGUCGCCGAUUCUCUAGACAAAUCCUCUCAAGAAACCUCACCAUCUUCUACUUCUACUUCUACGAAAUUCCAUCCUGCCCUUCACGGAUCUUCCUCAGCCCUUCUCGAACAUGAACUUAUGAACCUCCCACUAGUCCAAGCACUACUAAAUGACCCUGCUCUUUCUGUCCGUCGUGCAUGGGCUGGACCUCACUACCAGACUCCACCUGGAGAUGCACCCUGGCGCAGUGGCCAAGUGUUUACUGCACAUACACUACACCAGCCUGGUGGAAUUGCGGCCAAGCCUGUUGUUUUUACAAAUACAACGACCCGUGCAGCAACAAUUGUGUUGCAUGUCGGCCAUAGAGUCACGGGUUUCCCGGCCAUUGUCCAUGGAGGCGUGCUGGCCACGCUACUCGACGAAGCCCUUGGCCGUACUGCCUUUCUAUCUUUCCCUGAAAGUGCAGGUGUCACUGCUAACCUCAAACUUAAGUAUAAAAACCCAACUUGGGCUGGCCAGUUCAUAGUCAUUCGAACACAAACAGAUCAAGUCUCCGAGCGCAAGGCUAAAGUCUCCGGUAAGGUCAUGACUCUUGGAGGGAAAACUCUUGUUGAAGCUGAAGCUCUUUUCGUUGUUCCUAAAAAGUUUAAACUUAAGCCAAUGAAAUGA